CUUGUUCCUUUUCAAUCAUCUCUGAUGCUCACUCGUGCGGCUGCUACUAUGGUCGUCCUGAAAGGAAUCCCCUCUGUUCUGUCACCUGAAUUGCUGUAUGCUCUCGCUAAAAUGGGACACGGGGAUGAAAUAGUUCUUGCUGAUGCAAAUUUUCCAGCAUCUUCAAUCUGUGCUUGUGGUCCUAAAGAAAUAAGAGCAGAUGGUUUGGGGAUCCCACAGCUUUUAGAGGCCAUUUUAAAGCUGCUGCCCCUGGAUACCUAUGUCCCCUGUGCGGCUGCAGUCAUGGAUCUAGUGGACAGUGACAAGCUGAGGGGUUUAGCUGUUCCUGUGUGGGGCACCUACAACAGUCUCCUUAUAGCUGCUGGAUCUCAGACUUCUCUCGAGACGGUGGAAAGGUUUGCUUUCUAUGAACGAGCCAAGAAAGCCUACGCUGUUGUGGCAACAGGGGAAACAGCUCUGUAUGGAAACCUGAUCCUGAAGAAGGGGGUCAUUCCUGCAUAUGAGCUGGAGUGACACGACGAAACAGAACACAUUUAAAGUAAUUAUGUUGCAAUAUUGAUUUCUUUAAAGCUUUAAUUCUUCUAGGGAUAUCAGGGAAAGGACAGUUUUUUGUUUGUUAAAGCUUCAAGUUAAAAAAGUAUUUUUCUUCUUGUUGUAAUUAAAACUGAAUGUUUUCUAUUAUUUUUUUAUUUUCACUUUCCAGUUUUUGUAUUUCUCAAACAUCUUCUGCACUGUACAUAAAAUAAAAACUCAUGAAUCCUUAA